AUGACCGGCAACACACUCGAUCUCACAUCGAUCUCACCUGCAUCCCCUGGCGGUGACGGCCAGGGGCACCUCGACUGGCGCGUGAAGUGCCUACUGUGUCAUCUGUCGUUCAGCGUGAUGCUGGAUGAUUAUUACCGUGCCGCCGACGAUGAGGCAGACACCAUGGCUGCAGCUAUUGCGAAGGCUGUUGACCGGGGCGACCGUUGUUUUUCGGAUUUUUGGUGGCGGACGACGACGGGGGUCCGCAUCAUGAUGCUGCUGACGCCGUUCGCCGAGGCACACUAUCUUAUGGCCGAUACAGUGAAGCUCCGUACCCUCCGGCGGGAACGCCACCGGAAUCCAGAAGCCACAGCAUGA